AGUAACCUUCCAAGGUUUUGUAACAACAGGUUUUAAGUGGGAAAUGUUUACGUUUACGAAUUCGUUAGUUGGAGCGAUAUGAUUAAAAUGUAUCCCUAGAUACAAUUCGAACCAGUUUUUGCAACAUUUCGAAAGUGAUCAGUUCGUCGUGAACUUAGUGAUGCUUACGUGUAAACUUUCAACUAUACCUAACUAUUGAAGUGCAACAUGGGCUCUCUCUCUCCUGAAUUGCGGAAACUGAUUGCGAGAAUUGCAAAAGAGAAUGAUAUUGUAAAUUAUACAGAGGAAAUUUUCAAUAAUGUUGCCAAAGAAGGAGAUGGCUAUAUGGGCAUACUGGAAGCUUUGAAUAUAGCUGAUAAAGACAACGACAAUCAACUAAGUUUGGUAAUAAAAAGAGCGCCUACUAGCGAAGCUUUGAGGAAACAGUUCCCAACCAGAAUUAUUUUCGUUAGGGAGAUUUACUUCUACCAUGAAGUCGUUCCAGCACUAAAGUCAUUCCAAGAGAGGCACAGCAUUUCCAGUCCUUUCACCAACAUAGCUAAAAUAUACGGAUUUAUUGAAGACGAGUUUAAAGAAGUGUUGCUUCUACAAAAUCUGAAAUCAGAUGGAUACAACACAUGCGACCGAAGAGAACCCAUGGACUCUCAUCAUCUGACUUUGGGCUUGACCACAUACGCAAAACUACACGCCACUACGCUUGCAAUGAGGCGUUUGGAACCAGAAACAUUUAAGAAAACCACCGCAAAUAUCAUGACACAUAUUAUGGUGGAUUUUGUUGGUAGCAAGAUGGAGAAUCCUGCUCAGAAUACCGACAUGUUAGGUGCAUUUUUUUUGCCGACUCUCGCAGCCGUUAAGGACAAUGAGAAACUGACUCAGGCUAUUGAAAGGGCCAAAGAACAUGUGCCUCGGAAUGUUUUUAAAGAAAUAUUUGAUCCGACCGAUGAGGAAUUCACUGUCUUGGCACAUGCCGAUUGUUGGAGCACCAAUCUCAUGUUUAAAUAUCAGGACCCAUCAAAUCCGAACAUUCCCACUGAUGUUAAACUAAUCGACUGGCAAACAUCGCACGUAACGAAUCCAAUGUUCGACGUUACCUACUUCCUACUAAUCAACGCUGCUAAGCCAGAUCUGGAAAACUACCAAAAAUAUCUGGAAAUUUAUUACGAGGCUUUAUCCCAAAAUUUGAGCGCCUUUGGGUUGGACGUUGGCUCGGUCUAUCCGUUCGAGCUUCUUCAGGAGCACUGGCGAAAAUUCGCUCCCAUAGGGUUUCACAUGUGCAUACUAAUGCUGCACCAGUCCUUGAGCGAUUCGAAAACUCACGACUUUGAGCAAAUGGCUGCAGACGGACGCGAUUUGUUUGAUUUAGCUAGCAGAGACAUCAUUAUUAGCGAUCGAUUCAAGCAAAGAAUGAGUGACUUAGUGGAAUUUUUAGACAAUAAUCAGCUAAUUUAACUUGUAAAUAACCAUUCUCUAAUAUAGUAUGCCUGAUGUUUAAAACAUUUA